AUCAGAUAUUUGCAUAUAUAAAACAGCACUUCGGAUUCUGACUUCGUUUAGACUUCUUGUGUAAAGUUUGAGACUUACAUUAUACUUCGUGGUUUUCCUUUCGUCGAUCAAAAUGAAAUCAACUUGUAUUAUCGUCGCCUUCGUAGCUUUUGUCGCCAUUGUAAAGGCUGACACUGCUCCUCAAUCAUCUCUCGAUAAAGCUAUCGCCGAAGUUCUGAACAAUAUCGAAGCUGGAUCGAAAAAAUUCCAAGAAGUGACAGGAAUAAAAACCGAAUUUGACAAAGCUAAAGUGCAAGAAUUUUUGAAAAGUGGUUUAGGAGAUAAUAAGAAAAAAAUUGAGGAAUUAUUGAAAAGUUUAGAAGACCAAUCUAAACCAUACAGCGAAGAUCUUAAAAAGAACGUAGAAAAUCUGCAGAAACAAUUCGCUGAAGCUGUAAAGAACCUGAACACCCCCGAAACCCAAGGAAAUGUGAAAAAACUCCAACAAACUUUUGAAGAGGCCUCUAAAAAACUCGUCGUCCAAGUCCAAGAAGUUGCCAAAUCCGCCGGCGUAACCCCACCUCCUGAGCUUAGUAAGAAGUUGCAGGACUUAGCCGAAGAACUUGGUAAAGGUGCCAAAGCAGUCCAAGAAAAGUUACAACAAGCCAUCGCCGAUGCUCAGAAAAAACCUGCUACCUCAUAAUAGAAAUAUGAUCCAGAUUACAAAAUUUUUAUAAACUAAUGUUGUGUAUGAUUUUUUGAACAUGCAAGUCUUACGUAAAUAUAUUUAAUUUUUUUUUCUAAA